GGGCGGAGCUAGGAGAGCCCGGGUCAGCGGCGGACAGAGGGUGGCGUGUGCGGUCAGGAGGCCAGAGCUUCGCGCGAUCCGGACUGCGGCUCCACUGAGGGGCCGGCGGUGUGGGCCGGGAUCCGUGCGGCCGAGGGACGCUCAGGAGAGGCGAGGCUCGCGGCACGAAGGAAGACCCCGUAGAAGGAACAUGACAUCUAGAGGCAGCGGACUUGGUUCAGAUCCAUGCCUCAUCAGUUCUUAAUUUUGUGUGUUGGGAACAUCCUUGCAAGAUGUCAGCACUAAGGAUUUGGCUAACGCAAGCUUUGCUUAUUUUCCUCACCACUGAAUCUAUAGGUCAGCUUUUGGAACCAUGUGGCUAUAUCUACCCUGAGUUUCCAGUUGUCCAGCGUGGCUCAAACUUCACUGCUGUCUGCGUGCUGAAGGAAGGCUGUAUGCAGGAGUACUACGUGAAUGCCAGUUACAUCGUGUGGAAGACCAACCAUGUUGCCGUCCCCAAGGAGCAGGUCACUGUCAUCAACAGCACCACAUCCAGUGUCACCUUCACAGACGUGGCCCUCCAGAACGUCCAGCUCACCUGCAAUAUCCUGUCCUUCGGGCAGAUCGAGCAGAAUGUCUAUGGGAUCACCAUACUUUCGGGCUUUCCUCCAGAUAUACCUACAAAUUUGAGUUGCAUUGUGAAUGAGGGGAAGAAUAUGCUAUGUCACUGGGACCCAGGAAGGGAGACAUACCUUGAAACAAACUACACUUUGAAAUCAGAGUGGGCAACAGAGAAGUUUCCUGAUUGUCAAACAAAACAUGGCACCUCAUGCGUAGUCAGCUACACGCCCAUCUAUUUUGUCAACAUUGAAGUCUGGGUGGAAGCAGAGAAUGCCCUUGGGAAGGUGUCCUCAGAGUCUAUCAAUUUCGACCCUGCAGAUAAAGUGAAACCCAGCCCACCACAUAAUUUAUCAGUGACCAACUCAGAAGAAUUAUCCAGUAUAUUAAAGCUAACAUGGGUCAAUUCAGGUUUGGGUGGUGGUGUUUUAAGGCUGAAGUCUGACAUCCAAUAUAGGACCAAAGAUGCCUCAACUUGGAGUCAGGUCCCUCUUGAAGAUACAGUGUCUCCCCGAACUUCGUUCACUGUGCAAGACCUUAAGCCUUUUACAGAAUAUGUGUUUAGGAUCCGGUCCAUAAGGGAGAAUGGGAAGGGCUACUGGAGUGAUUGGAGUGAGGAGGCGAGUGGGACCACGUACGAAGACAGACCAUCCAAACCACCGAGCUUCUGGUAUAAGAUAAAUCCAUCCCAUUCACAGGAAUAUAGAUCUGCACGGCUCAUAUGGAAGGCAUUACCUCUUUCUGAAGCCAAUGGGAAAAUCUUGGAUUAUGAAGUGAUUCUUACACAGUCAAAGUCAAUUUCACAAACGUACACAGUUAAUGGUACAGAGUUGAUGGUAAAUCUCACCAAUAAUCGCUAUGUAGCAUCUCUAGCAGCAAGAAACAUUGUCGGCAAAUCAGCUGCAACUGUCCUCACCAUCCCCAGCUCCCACUUCAAAGCUUCUUACCAUGUAAUGGAUCUUAAAGCAUUCCCAAAAGAUAAUCUGCUCUGGGUAGAAUGGACGCCUCCAUCUAAACCUGUGAACAAAUACAUCCUAGAGUGGUGUGUUUUGUCAGAGAACUCACCCUGUACCCCAGACUGGCAGCAGGAAGAUGCCACUGUGAAUCGGACCCACUUGAGAGGAAGCCUCCAGGAGAGCAAGUGCUAUCUAAUCACAGUGACCCCAGUGUUUACCUCUGGGCCCGGAAGCCCUGAGUCCAUGAAGGCAUACCUCAAACAAGCAGCUCCAUCUAGAGGACCGACCGUUCGGACAAAGAAAGUGGGGAAAAAUGAAGCUGUCUUAGAGUGGGACCAACUUCCUGUGGAUGACCAGAAUGGAUUCAUUAGAAACUACUCCAUAUCUUAUAGAACCAGCAUUGGAAAGGAAAUGGUUGUGCAUGUGGAUUCUUCUCACACAGAAUACACCCUGUCCUCUUUGAGUAGUGAUACAUUGUAUAUGGUCCGAAUGGCAGCAUACACAGAUGAAGGUGGGAAAGAUGGGCCAGAAUUCACUUUUACAACACCAAAGUUCGCUCAAGGAGAAAUCGAAGCCAUAGUCGUGCCUGUGUGCUUAGCAUUCCUCCUGACAACUCUGCUGGGAGUCUUGUUCUGCUUUAAUAAACGAGACCUAAUUAAAAAACACAUCUGGCCUAAUGUUCCUGAUCCUUCAAAGAGUCAUAUCGCCCAGUGGUCACCUCACACCCCCCCACGGCACAAUUUUAACUCGAAAGAUCAAAUGUACUCAGAUGGCAACUUCACUGACGUAAGUGUUGUGGAAAUAGAAGCAAACAGCAAAAAGCCUUGUCCUGAUGACCUGAAGUCCUUGGACCUGUUCAAGAAGGAGAAAAUGAGUACAGAAGGGCACAGCAGUGGCAUCGGGGGCUCCUCGUGCAUGUCGUCUUCCAGACCCAGCAUCUCCAGCAACGAGGAGAAUGAGUCUGCUCAGAGUACUGCGAGCACAGUGCAGUACUCCACGGUGGUCCACAGUGGCUACAGGCACCAGGUCCCGUCAGUGCAAGUGUUCUCAAGGUCUGAGUCCACACAGCCCCUGCUAGACUCGGAGGAGCGUCCAGAAGACCUGCAGCUGGUGGAUAAUGUGGACAGUGGGGAUGAGAUCUUGCCCAGGCAACAGUAUUUCAAACAGAACUGCAGUCAGCCUGAAGCCAGUCCAGAUAUUUCACAUUUUGAAAGGUCAAACCAGGUUUCGGCUGGCAGUGAGGAGGAUUUUGUCAGACUGAAACAGCAGCAGGUUUCAGAUCACAUUUCGCAGCCCUAUGGAUCCGAGCAACGGAGGCUGUUUCAGGAGGGUUCUGCAGUAGAUGCUCUUGGUACAGGGACUGAUGGACAGCUAGAGAGAUUUGAAUCUGUUGGAAUGGAGACAGCGAUCGAUGAAGAAAUUCCCAAAAGUUACUUGCCACAGACUGUAAGACAAGGUGGCUACAUGCCCCAGUGAAGGACUGGCUCCUGUACAACUUCAGCAGGAACUGCAAAGUGAAGCGAAAAGACUCAUGACGUCAGAUGAGAAAUAAUCUUCAUUCCCUGAAGAUAAUCAUUGCCUUUAAGGACAAAGUCACAACUGGGCCAUCUCCAUUCCAGAGUAUCUGGGAUUCUCCUUCAAGCACUACAUGAACUGACUUUAUCCUCUGAAUAGCUGGAGGACUCUGUGCUGUUUCAGAAUGUUUGCACUGCCGAAAACAAAGUGUGUCUGAGUUUAUAAAGCUUUUGUUUUGCUACAUAGAAAACUGGGGAUUUCAAUGAGCCAUGGUGUCAUUCAGCUGUGCUGGUUUUGAUGAGACUGAUCAUCCAAGUGCCAGGAGCAAAGGUCUACGUUUCCUCCUAGGCCAACAGCAUCAUUUCAAAGUGCCAUGGGGCAGACUGUCCAGAUUGUGUCAUCUAGCAAAAGAAAGAGCGGAGGGGGUUCAUGUCUGGGUCUGUCAAUUAGAGAGUAUUGGUCUGCUCCUUGCCAUGGGUAUCAAUGCUGCCAGUUAUCACUGAAGAAAAGGAUGAACUUUAAAGAUAAGCAAAAUAGAAGUACCCUUUUUAUUAUAUCCACCUAAAACCUCACAAAGAUCUGCUUAUUAUUGAUAAUAUCUUUCAAAGCCAAUUUUUAUCAACUCUAUAGUGGACCAGCCUGGCCUCAAACUCACAACAUCUCUCUGCCUCUGCCUCCAGAGUACUGGGAUUAAAGGCAAUCCACCACCA